AGUCAGUCGGUCUCCGUCGUCGUCAUCGCGGAAGAGCUCGAGGUUCGACGUUCCGAUGGAGAGCGAAGCAGCCGAAGCAGCGGCAACCGCCAUGGCCGCCGGCGAGACGGGCGCAGUAGAAUCGCGAGAAGAGCCCGGAACCACGUCUUCUCUCUUCCCUCUGUCCGACGCCCCCGCCGCCGGCACCACAGUCGCGCCGCGCGUCCCUCAGUGGCUCUCCAACUCCAGCUUCACCGCCGAUUUCGCCGCCAUAAACGAAGCCGUCUCCUCCGUCCACGACCGGCAUGCCUCCCCGCGUUCGGAAUCGGAAUCGGACGACGGGAGAGGGAGGGGACGGGAGGGCGACUUGCCCGCUACCGGGACUUCGUACGACCUAUUGGAGUCGUCCGAGUCCGGCGGAGAUUCGAAGAGCGAGAGCAGGAGGAGGAAGAAGAAGAGCAAGCGCAGGAGGAAGAGAUCCAGAGAGAGAGGAGACGAUGGAGCGGGUGAAUUCGGCUCGAGGAAGUCUGAUGUGAGGGCAUGGGCUGGUUCGGCUUUGAAGCCUGCCAAAGAUUACUACUUCGAUUCUCGUGGCGACCGCGAUAAUUUGGCUUUCGGAAGCAUCUACAGAAUGGAUGUGGCUCGCCACAAAAUUUUAAAUCCUGAGAAGACUAUUGGCAUUGAGUUUAGAAGGUUGUAUCAGCAGAAGGGUUCAAUUCUGGAUGCAGAUGGUGAUGUAGAUGCACUGGAUAGUAAACUAAAAUCUGCUGGAAGAUAUUGGUCUCCAAAGUAUUCAGCCUUGGAACGUCAUAGAAAUUAUAAGCGCUCGCGUAUGUUGGCACCAAGGAAAUCCACUUCUGACCUCCCAGGAGAGUUCAUUUCUUUAAUGGAGCCCAAAACUUUGCAAGACAGUAAGGAUGUUGGUUCAGUUGUUGAAACUUUUAUGGUCGAGGAAUCUUGGGAAGAUGAGGUGCUUCGCAAGACCCGGGAGUUUAAUAGGAGGACUCGAGAAAAUCCCAACGACGACAAAGUUUGGCUAGAAUUUGCUGAAUUUCAAGAUAAGGUAGCAAGUAGGCAGCCACAGAAAGGUGCUCGCUUGCAAACUCUGGAAAAGAAGAUUGGUAUACUGGAGAAAGCAGCUGAGCUUAACCCAGAUAAUGAAGAACUGUUACUUCGUCUCCUCAAAGCUUAUCAGAGCAGAGAUAGCAGCGAUGUGCUCCUUGGAAGAUGGGAGAAGAUACUUGUGCAGCAUUCAAGUAGUGCGAAUUUGUGGAGAGAGUUUUUACGUAUUCUUAAGGGAGAAUUUUCCCGGUUCAAGGUUUCUGAAGUGAGGAAGAUGUAUUCACAUGCAAUCCAAGCGCUAUCUUCAUCAUGCAUCAAGCAGCUUAGGCAGGUUUCCCAGAUGUCUGAUGCAUCUCGUGAUCCCACUGUUGUACAGCUGGAGCUUGGACUUGCUGAGGUUUUUAUCAGCCUUUGCAGGUUUGAGUGGCAGGCUGGUUACCGGGAACUGGCGACAGCUUUGUUCCAGGCCCAAAUUGAAUUUAGUUUGUUUUGUCCUUCGUUAUGCCUGACUGAGAACAGUAAGCAAAGGCUCUUUGAGCAUUUUUGGAGCAGUGGUGGUGCAAGAGUUGGAGAAGAAGGGGCAAUUGGUUGGUCCACGUGGUUGGAAAAGGAGGAGGAAUAUAGGCAGAGGAUAAUCAAGGAGGAGACCUCGCAAGACAACGAAAAAGGAGGUUGGACAGGAUGGUUCGAACCACUGUCCAAGCACAAGGAAACUGAUAAACCAUUGGAAGGGGUUCCUGAUGCUGCUGUUCAGGAUGUCGAGGAGGAUGGUGAGCCCGAGGACACAAACCAGGAAGACGACACUGAAACUUUGUUAAAGAUGCUAGGAAUUGAUGUCGACACCGGUCCCAGUGACAAUGUCAAAGACGUUUCCACUUGGACUAGAUGGUCGGUAGAAGAGUCCUCAAGAGAUUGCAUUCACUGGAUGCCUGUACAUGCAAAAUCAGCAGGAAAGUCUAGUACUAAUGAGGAUAGUGACAAAGAGGAGGAUGAAGAUCUUUUUGGGGUCAUUCUGUUUGAGGAUGUUUGUGAAUACUUGUUCUCACUGUGCUCAGAAGAGAGCCGAUUGUUCUUAGUGACACAGUUCGUUGAAUUUUUUGGUGGAAAGAUAUCUCAGAGGAUUUGCACAAACAACUCAAGCUGGUUGGAGAAAAUCCCGAGCCUUGAAGAAUUGCCUGAUGCUUUAUUACAUUGGUUUAGAAGAGUCCACGAUACAUUAAAGAAAGUGGAUAAUACUUCAAACAGUUGCAGUAUGGAAUUCCUUUUGAGCUGUAACAAUGACAUUUCUGAAAAGGGCCCCAUGAUGAGUUUUCUGCGCAAUGCUAUCCUACUUUGUCUCACUGCUUUUCCAAGAAACUAUGUCUUGGAAGAAGCAGCACUCAUUGCUGAAGAGCUUUCAGUUACGAAAAUGAAUUCUCUUAGCUAUUCUGGAACACCAUGUCGUGUUCUUGCAAAGAGCCUCUUAAAAAGGGAUCGUCAGGAUAUAUUACUCUGCGGAGUUUAUGCACGGAGAGAAGCUGUUUCUGGGAAUAUUGAUCUUGCAAGAAAAGUGUUCGACAUGGCAUUGUCAUCUGCUGAAGUACUUCCUCCGGAACGACAGUCUGAUGCUCCACUGUUAUAUUUCUGGUAUGCCGAAGUAGAGCUUUUCGGCAAUCAUGUCGAUGAUCAAGAGUCCUUAUUUCGUGCAAUGCAUAUUUUGUGUUGCCUAGCGAGUGGUGUAGCGUACAGCUCAUUCAAAUGCCAACCAUCACAAAUGCAACUGCUUAGAGCGCGCCAGGGGUUCAGAGAGAGAUUGAGAACAGUACGUUCAGCAUGGUCGCGUGGUUCUGUGAACGAUCAGUCUGUUGCUCUUGUCUGUUCGGCUGCUUUGUUUGAGGAGUUGACUAGUGGAUGGGCAACAGGUAUAGAGGUUUUAGAUCAAGCUCUUUCAAUGGUGCUUCCAGGAUAUUUGUUUUCCUUCUGUCCAGAGAGAAGAAGUAACAGUUAUCAACUUGAAUAUCUGUUUAACUAUUACGUGAAGAUGCUGCAGAGACAUCAUGGGCAGUUGGGUCUAUCUAAAAUUUGGGAUUCCAUUUUGCAUGGAUUGCAGACAUAUCCAUACAGUCCAGAACUUUUCAGUGCUCUAGUAGAGAUCAGCCAUCUCUAUACAUCACCAAAUAAGCUGCGCUGGACGUUUGAUGAAUUAUGCCACAAGAGACCUUCGGUAGUGGUAUGGCUUUUUGCUUUGGCAUUUGAGAUGGGCAGAGGUGGUUCCAGGCACAGAAUACAUGGAUUGUUUGAGAGGGCAUUGGCAAAUGACAGUUUGCGGACAUCUGUAUUAAUGUGGCGCUCCUACAUUGCAUAUGAGAUUGAUAUAGCACAAAACCCUUCUGGAGCUAGGCGUAUUUUCUUUCGAGCCAUUCACGCCUGUCCAUGGUCCAAAAAGUUGUGGUUGGAUGGUUUUCUCAAACUAAAUUCCAUCCUAAGUGCCAAAGAGCUAUCUGAUCUGCAAGAAGUGAUGAGGGAUAAAGAAUUAAAUCUGCGGACUGAUAUUUAUGAGAUCCUUUUGCAAGAUGAUAUCGUAUCAUGACGUCAUAUGCACUUCAUAUUCUGGGGUCAUGUGGCAUCUCUUGUGUUCUUCUUUGUGAAUUCAGCAGAUGAAUGAUGACAUGACAUAAGGAAAAACAUGAAGACAAGGCGGACAAAAGAAGGGUGGGAAAAGAAAUGAAUGUCUGAGGGUAGCGAGUGUGCGCUUUUUGUUGUAGAGAAUAUUCCGGUUACGAAAGCUGUGUUCGAAAGAGUUUACACAAUUCAUGAACGUUACUCUUCCAUUUUCAGGACAAAUGCUUGUAGGGUAAUUACAUGUAUAGAGUGUUGACAGUUAACGCUGUAAGUUGUCAAUACAUGCGACUACAUUGUUAUGGAA